GUGGAAAAAGUGACGGGAGUGUGGUUGUUAUGUCAGUUGUCGCAGAAGAGUGGGGUUAGACGGCCUGCAGUGCUCGCUGUCGCUCAAUACGACGCCCACAGGGAUCGAAUGGCAGCGAAAGACUCAGCAGUUUGUGCAGAGCUUUGUCUGAAAGCAUUGGGGUAGGUGCAAGUGAGGUGAGCAGGCUUUCCCUUUCUCAAAGCUCUCUGCGAUUACUCAGUAACUUACCCUCGGGCGAUGGGGGACAAAUCUCCUGUGUUGUCUGGACAUAAGGCUGGAUCGUGUGAGAACUGUCACUUGUCUCAGCUGAGGUAGGGCUGAUAACAAAAUGACAACAGUUAAGUUAGAACUUUGUAUUUAUUUUGGAACUUUAUCGUCUCAUUGAGAGAGCUGUGCUGCCAGAUUUAGGGGAUCUGACAAGUCAGUGCAAAGGUAUGCCGCGUGCGAAAACUCGGUGAUCGGAAAACUCGACGUAAAGUGAAGGAAAACACACACAGGCCCUGUUCAAGGGACAAACAAACAACUGGCCUCAGGCAUUACCCUAGCAGGUGUGUUGUUGGCAGGACAGGUACGGACCAAGGGCUGAUAAUCUACCAUGACAGGGUUUUUCCAUGUUUGCAGGGGAAUUUUUCGGUUUUUCUUAAACUACAGAUGCUGGAGUUUAUGUCUAAAGUCAAUUAAACUACAGAUGCUGGAGUUUGUGUCUAAAGUCAACAGCUGUAUUUAUUGCACCUACUAGUGUUCAGCUAACACAGUGCCAGUGAUAUAUUAUCAACAAAAGUGUAAUGCAAAUUUUGUUAGGGAACUGAGUGUAAUGUUAUUGAUAGUGCUGUGUGGACUCAGAUUACGGCUGUAUCUGGUAAUAUCCAUGUGUAAUCCCUGAUGAACUUGUCUGUUCUGUUAUUGAAUUCAAAUCAUGAAAAGUGGAAGCAAACUGAGAACACAUGAUGGUCAUCGUAAGAUGCAUUAAAAGGAACGGUAAACAGUGAGAGAUGCGGUAAGAAGUAUCUGAUUGGAGACAGAAGGAUGUGGCUUAUGUGCUGUACAAGUGUGAUGAGAGCCAUGUGUUACAGUUUACCUGUCAUCUACAGUCUACUCUUCAUGACAUUUUCUAAGAUGAUUAAUAUGACGGCAAGUCAGCAGGCAGUGUACCUUCAACAGAACAUCAGCUCUGAAGGACAGGCUCGACAUGGUGGUCAUAGGCAGCAUUCAUUUGGACAUCACCAAGAUGGUGAAAUGGGGAUUUUUAGAGCUGACAAAAGUCAAAGGCAGCAAAUGUUUGAAAAUCAUUCUGCUGGCUCGCAAGGGCAUGAAGAAGAUUUUCAGAUAGUUAUCCCAUAUCAAGUGGAUCAUCAGGGUUCUUAUAUCUCUCAUAAACACUCCAGGCGUCGGUGGAGGCGGGGCACAAGUUUCAUCAACAACAUCUCAGGUGCUAACAAUCAGAACAUUUACAUCAACAUCACAGGCUUCAAGCAAACAUUCCAUUUAAAACUGAUCCCCAAUACUCGGCUGCUGGCUCCAGGCUUUAAGGUGUACCGUCAAAAUUUCUCAGGUGAUUUACCUGGGAGUCUUAUGGAGAUGGAGGCAGGGGAAACAGAGGAAGAUACGUGUCUGUAUUCAGGCUGGGUGCUGUCUCAUGGAGGGGAACCAGUGGCGGUCUCUCUGUGCCGUGGAGUGGAAGGCUUGUUGAGGACCCCAUCAGAGGAUUAUGUCAUAGAGCCGGUAAAGGAGACAUUUGUGGAGGGGGAUGAGCUAUUAAUCAGUCACCCCCACAAGAUGUACAGAAGGGCAGCACUCAGGCACCACACUGCCGGGUUUGGUGGGGCGGCAAUACAAGACAAAAUUGUGGCUCGCUCGUUUGGUGGUCCUGAGAAAGUGACACGCAAUGGGAUUACAGUGGACAUAACUACCUCAGUGGCUGAUCGUGACAAGCGCUCUCUCUUCAAGUGGCUGUUCUUUGGGAAGCAGCGAGAGAGAGUGGUAGAGCUGUUAGCCGUGGCUGACAAGACCAUGGUGCAGACACAUGGUCAGCAUAAUGUCACCACUUAUGUACUCACAAUAUUUAAUAUGGUAUCACAACUUUUCCAAGACAGCAGUAUAGGUGUGCCAAUCAGGAUAGUGCUGGUGGGUUUGGUGAUUUUGGAGAACGAUCAGCCAGGCCUCCUAAUAAAACACCAUGCAGACAAGACCCUGAACAGUUUCUGUACAUGGCAAGCGGUGUUGGGGGGUAAGCAUGGUGGUCGGCAUGACCAUGCAGUCCUCCUCACAGCGAUGGAUAUCUGUUCCAACAAGGAGGCCCCCUGUGACACACUAGGGUUUGCUCCAAUUGGUGGAAUGUGUAACAGGUUGAGGAGCUGCACAGUGAACGAAGACUCUGGUCUGAUUACAGCUUUCACCAUUGUCCAUGAGAUGGGGCACAAUUUUGGCAUGUACCAUGAUGGAGACGGAAACUUCUGCAAAAUCACCCGAGGUUCAAUCAUGGCACCAGCUCUUCAGGCUAAAGAUGGACGUCUCAAAUGGUCCGUCUGUAGCCGUGCCUAUCUUCUCAGGUUUCUCAACACUGUCCAAGCUCGAUGUCUGGAUAACAUACCCAAAAAGUCUGCUGAGCUGAAAUUCCCUGACAAACUGCCAGGUGUCCUGUAUAAUGCUGAUGUCCAGUGUAAAUGGCAAUUUGACAACAUUGCCAGUUACUGCCCAUAUGACUUUGGCAAGGAUAUAUGCAAAGUUUUAUGGUGUUACCAAGGUAAGCAGAGAUGUGAGACAAAGUUUCUGCCGUCAGGAGGGACAUCUUGUGGCUCUAGCCGAUGGUGUCGUGGAGGGAAGUGUGUGAGGUUUGGGCCUGAGGGUCCCCGCCCCAUCCAUGGUGGCUGGUCCCAAUGGUCCCGGUGGACAGAGUGCUCCAGAACCUGUGGUGGUGGGACUCGCUUUAAGGAGAGACUAUGCAAUAAACCAUUGGCACAGUAUGGAGGCCAUCGGUGUCAAGGCCCACACAAAGUACACAAAAUCUGUAACACUGAGGCCUGCAUAGAAGGGGAGACUGACAUGUCAGCUCAGCAGUGCCGAUCUUACAAUGCCAAGCCUUUCCAGGGCUGGCUGCUUCACUGGACCCCAAACAUUCAGUUGUAUAAGUCGGAAGAGCCUUGUAAGAUGUACUGUAAAGCUGAGACACGAACAUACAUCUUUACUCUGAAACUGGCUGCUGUAGAUGGCAUGAAGUGUAGCACUGUCCCUAAUGAGAUUUGUGUGGGAGGCAAAUGCCAGACUGUGGGCUGUGAUGGAAUUGUAGGAUCUGAAUCAAAGACUGAUGUGUGUGGGGAGUGCAGGGGGGACAACUCUACCUGUAAAAUGAUUAAGGGAGAAUUUUCUCAACAACCUCUCAGAAACAGUUACUUCCCCAUCGUUGUUUUGCCAAAAGAAGCCCGAAGCAUUUCAAUUCGUGAGAAGACAUUGUCCAUGAAUUACCUGGCCAUUCGUAACAUCUAUGGCCAGUAUUACCUAAACGGCCAGAGGAAUGUGGCAUGGCCAGGUUUAUACAAGUUUGGGGGUACAGAAUUCGUGUACAAGAGACCUUAUGAUGAUGUGGAGACACUAACAUCAGCUGGUCCACUGGAGGAAGACUUAGUCUUAGAGAUUUUGGUUCAGGGAGAGAACACGGGUGUGAUUUAUGAGUAUGCCCUGGUGAAAAGUCCAGAGGACUUGGUGGGGAGGAAGACUCAUACAUAUAGGUGGAGUGUGUCAGUGUCAGCCUGCAGCGAGCCCUGUGCCUCAGGUCAGAAAACAGUCAAGGCUGUUUGUCACAGAGAUUAUCAGGAAGAGGUGGAUCCACGAUACUGUGAUAGAUCCUCUAAACCAGAGACUGGGAUCUUCUCCUGUAACCAACAUCCCUGCAGACCAAGGUGGGAGCCUGGCGAGUGGGGAGAGUGUAGUAGGAGCUGUGGGGGCGGCAAACAGAGACGCAAGAUAAGAUGUUUGCAGAAAGUCCGCCUGAAUCAUGACAGGAGGCUGAAGAGGAAGCACUGUCAUCAUCAGUCCAAACCUGAGACGAAGAGACGGUGUAAUCAGCAUGAGUGUCCCCCAGCCUGGCACGCGGGCAAGUGGUCAAAAGUGGGUACCGUCUCCUCAAUCUCGCAUCUGAUUGCCUCAGUGACUUGUGGUAGCGGAGGAAGAAGAGAAAGGUAUGGUGUCGUAGUCGCAGUGUGUCAGGAUACCACAAGCUGCCAGACAACAUGUGCCCUUCUUCAGAUAAGCCCUCCCACCAUCAGACCUGCUCCGUGCUGCACUGCCCUCUCAGGUUCAAGUGGAAGUACAACACGCUGGGGAAAGUGUUCCAGUAGCUGUGGCCGUGGGGUGAGGACCCGACAACUGACAUGCGUGAAGCAGUCGUUGCACUACAACAGGACAGUGGUGGAUGAACAAUACUGUCAGCACCUGGACAAGCCCACUCGCCCCCUCAACUCCCGCUGUCAUCAGAAGUCCUGCUCACAUGCACUCAGAGUUGUUCCCGCCUGGUAUGCUCACACCUGGUCUGCUUGUUCAGUGACCUGUGGCUCAGGUGUUCUCAGGAGAAUAGUUGAAUGUAAAGACCCAAUCAGACAAGUCUCCACCACAGGCUGUAUCCAAUCAACAAAGCCCACACAUGUCAGGGUCUGCUGGAUGGGGGAAUGCUCACAGCGCAGUGAUCCCUUCUGCAUUGACAAAUACAACUGGUGCAACCUGGUGCUUCAACAUAAGAUGUGUGCUGACCGUAAAUAUGGCGCCCAGUGCUGUCGGACAUGCCAGGGAAGACAACCACAGUGACCUCUAGUUGACUUUGUCAUUUCUGUGAUCUCAGUCAGGGUUGUGAGACGGCCAGUCCGUGGAUCUGCUGGACCACGUGCUGGUCUGGGCUGCUGGCACCAGUGUCAGUUCGACAAAAUUCAACAGCAGAUACAGUUAGGACCUGAGAUAAUGCCAUCCAAUCUCAUAAUGAAGUUCUGGAUAAGAGACUGGGUCUCAUACUUGAUGUCAGAACCAUACAUCUGUGAAUUGGGAAAGUAUCAUUGAUGUUGGCUUGGGAUAAUUGUUGUUUUGGAAAGAACACAUCUAUGCAAAAAUUUUGAAUACAUGUAUAGCUAUAAACAGUACAUGUAUCUGUUUGCUUUUCCAUGCAUAUGCAUGGUUGUUAGAGGUAAUUGUUUGGACUGUAAUGAAUGUGUGUGGUUGUGUCACACUUUUGAAACAUUAGCAACAUAUACGCUGUAAAUUGUUUAUGAACUAGGUUUCUGCUAUUGCGGUCUUGUUUGGGGAAUUGGUAUUGUUUUAGAAUAUUUGGAUAGGGUUUAUUUCCUUGCGGGACAGGAAUAUAGAGUUGUCUUUCUGGUAUAUUUUUUUGGUUCUAUCCUGCCCAAGGAUAUCAUCAGUUGAUUGGAAAUACACGUGGAUGUAUCACUGAGCUACAAACAUAUGUUAGUAAGUUAUAUGAUCAAAACAAAAACAUAAACAGGUUACAUGUACUGUAUUUUUUCAACCUGUUGUUUCAAGCAUAUUCUGACGGCACCAUUUUGUGUAGAUUGAUAAAAUUAUACUUUCUGUGUCCUGAAAUUGGCCAAUCCAACCAGUGUAUAUUUGUCACCAAAAACAAAAUUAUAAAUGUGCAUAAAUUGCACUGAAAGUUGCCGUUUCGUAUACAAAAAGGUUUAGGAAUUAGGGCAGCAGUGCUUCAUCAUUGGGACAGCAGAACAAGACCGUGUUUAUAGAAUUAUACAGUCUGUUUAUUUGAUACAACUUAAUAUGGUUUGAACAUUUGAGUAAAGGUUAUUGGUUCAGUGAUUAGUCCUCAAGUUAAACUGUCAAAAGGCAGGCAAUAGUCUUUUAGAGUACUGAAUGUAUGGAGUCUGAACUGUGAUAUUGACAGCUAGCUUUGUCAUAUAUAUCGCAUGCUAGCCUACAUCAUCCUCACUUGUCUUUCAUUCAGGAAAACUGAUGUUCCGCUGUUGGUGCAAGUAUUGGCUUUUCUGGAAAGAGUAAAUUUCCUGCAAAAAGCUUGAAAGUGUUUGAACAGGAAAGCUGUAGUUCUCUUGAGAACGCCAAAUGUCUAUAAAAGCAGGAAAUGUUACCUUGUUUCUGGGAAUGUUGUGUGAAUUGUUUAUGUAGAUUUCAGAGUCAGCUGAAGCCAGUAGAGCUCACGGGGAAAUGGACCUGCGAAGCUGAAAUCUUAUUUUGUUUUUUAUUUUGCCUUGCAUGUUUUCUGUGUUAUGAAUAUGGGUAGAGGGCUGACAGGAUGCUAUCGAAUUUUGCACAGCAAGCGUUUGGUGUGAAUGCAUACCAGAAGCAAACCUUUUUUGGUUGCAUGCCAGAUGUAUUAAUCAUUGAAUACGUAACUGACUCAUUCAGCCAUUUGAAAACAGUACAUCUUAUAUGUUGGAGAAUUUUCAAAUUCAGAAUUGAAGCAACAGCCAGGAAAUCAUAAACCAUUAGAUAUCAAAAAGCAGUAUCAUGAACUUUGACUUGCAAAUCUCAAUCUUAUGUAUCACUGAAUUGUAGAAGUAAAAGAAAACUUUGUAUAAUAGCCUUUUGGGAAGAGUGGUCUGUUCCAUAAUGUCUGCCUUUCUGUUGCUUUAAAUGUCCUGAAGCUGCAUGAAAUAUAAUAUAUUAAAUUAACUUUAAACUGACCCCAGCUUUUCAAACUGCAAAUAUCCGAAUAUUUAAGGAGCCACCUUUAAAACUAUUGACCUUGGAAAGUUGCGUGAAUCUGCUAUGGCCAUUAUGUAACCAUAACAUUUACAGUUUACACAUUGCUGUUUAUCCCACUUUAUACUUGCAACUGCUAAUCUCCAGAAGUUGUAUGACCCACCUGCACAAUUGUGUGCAGUGAUCUCCGAAAGUUGUAUGACCCACUUUUUUGAUUGUAUGCUCUGACCUCGGGAAGUUGUAUGACCCACCUGUACUGACUUCUGAAAGUUGUAUAACCCACCUGUACAAUUGUAUUCACCAACCUCUGGAAGUUGUAUAACCCAUCUGUACAGUUGCAUGCACUGACCUCUGGAAGUUGUAUGACCCAUCUGUACAAUUGUAUGCACUGACCACUGGAAGUUGUAUGAACCAUCUAUACAGUUGCAUGCACUGACCUCUGGAAGUUGUAUGGCCCAUCUAUACAGUUGCAUGCACUGACAUCUGGAAGUUGUAUAACCCAUGUAUACAGUCUCAUGCACCGACCUCUGGAAGUUGUAUUACCCAUCUGUACAUCUGCAUGCAAUGGCCUAUGAAAGUUGUAUGACCCACCUGUACAGUUGUAUGCACUGACAUCUGGAAGUUGUAUGACCCAUCUAUAUACAGUUGCAUGCACUGACAUCUGGAAGUUGUAUGACCCACCUGUACAGUUGCAUGCAAUGACCUCUGAAAGC